AUGCACACCACAGUGUUGGCUCUGUUUGAUAACCUGUUCGACAUGAUUCCAGAGAAUGAAAGAUGUGGAAACCAGUGCGUCUGCAUCAGAGAACUUGGCGAGAUACAUGUUUCUGCAAAGGAAGGAGAAAUUGAAGAUCUUAAAAAGCAUAUGGAGACGUGUUUACAUAAUUUGGUUUCAGAUAGCAGAAAAAGAACUCCUUUGCACUUGGCUGUGGACCAUGGUCACCUAGGUGCUGUUGAGCUUCUUGUCAGUUCAAAUGCAGACGUCAAUGCUCAGGACAACCAAGGUCAGACACCACUUCAUUAUGCUGUCCGUUGUGAGAAGGAAGACAUCGCCCAACUUCUUGUGAAGCACCAUGCUGAUCUCCAGAUUAAGGACGGCGACGGGAACACCGCACCUGACCUCUGCUCCUCGGCCUGGCCGUUCCUGAAGCCAGCAAACUGA